AUGACAUCGCUCACUCCAUCGGCCCGGUCUCUGCCGGAUACUUUCCCAGCCUUUAGCAAUGGGGACGUCGAGAUCGUGCUCACGCCAGCGCAGAAACUCAAGCUGCAUGCCGACGUUCUCCGCGGCGGAUCAUCCAAGCUUUCGGAGCUGCUCGCAAUCGAGCAUGCGGCCAUACUGAACAAGAAGGCGCUCAGCGAGGGCACUAGUGUUCGGCACCGCUUGGAACUCGUCGACGUCACACCCACCCCCGGUGGCAACAAAAUCGGCGCCAACGGCCGCCCCAUCUCCGAGCGCGGCGCCCCCCGCGCAUCUAUGACCCUCUCCUCUCACGGCGUCGACCCGGCCUCGCGCGCCAUCCUCUCAGCCUGGUUCUCCGUCUUCGGCGCGCUAUACGGCAACGAAAUCCAUCUUUACUCCCAUGCUAGCAGCAGCAUGCCUGCCCCCAUCCCUGACGACGACCUAGACGUCAACAUGGACGACUACGAGCUGGGCCGGACCACAGCCACCACGGCCGGCGCCGACCUCUGCGACAUCAUCUCGGCGGCAUCGACGAUCCUCGACGUGGUCGACUACCUGGAGCUGCGCAGCAGCGUGCUGGCGCCGCUGGAGCUGGCGCUGCUGGGCGCCGAGCAGACGCUGUGGCAGAGCGUGUGCGCGGCGCCGCUGUCGUGGAUCGAGGUGGGCGCGCGCCUGCGCAGCCUCCCCAUCUGGCGCGAGGCGGCGCUGCACGUCGUCGGCGGCUGGGCCACGGGCGAGUGGAGCGAGCAGGAAAAGGGCGAGCUCCCGGCCGAGGUGCGCGAGCUGUGCGCGCGCAAGUCGGCGAGGUUCGAGGCGUACAAGGAGCGCUUGGAGGAACGGCUGCUCACGUACAAGCACGAGAAGCUGAGGUGGGACGAACGGAAGGACAAGUGCAAGCCGAAGAAGCAGCACGAGCCUGACGUGUUUCAUUGGCAAGCUCAGACCCUAUGGUCGCAAUGGCUGGCGGCGAGAUUCCGCGAAGGAGAGGGGAUGAGGGCACGAGAUGGCGGGUUUUCGCUCUACAAGAAGAUUUGGGAGGGGAGCUUCUGUGAUCCGGUGGAGCAAGCCAAGAUAGCGCCGUUGGUGCCGGGUGGGAGGAGGAGGGUGGGCAAGAUUAUGGACGACAUGAAGGCCGACUUGAAGAAGAUGGUCGACAGCAUCAUGAUCUCGAAGCUCAGACUGGACCAGACCAAGAUGCAGGCGAACAGGCUGACGCCGUUCACCAUCGAGAUUCGGAAUGCCCCGUGGAAGACCAAGGACGCCGACCACGAGGCCUCGGAUCACGAUAGCAAGCGGGUCCGUUUGGAGGAGGAGCUGAAGGUUACUCCAGCCGAGGAAGACGAGUUUGAGUUUGAGGACUUUAUCGCUUAUCCUUGA